AGGAGAAAGGUGCCAGCUGGCAGUGGCACCUGGUGCUUGAGAUCCAGUGGCAGCAGAGAUCAGAAGGGGGAGUUCGCUUGAGCCUGAGGCAACCAAUGAGGGCAAUUCAUAUUACUUCAAGUAGAAGCAAAUGCAACGCAAUGCCGUCCCAAUUGGGGCCUUGUAAUAUUGUCAGGCGUUGGAAGUAUGUGCAAGCCUGGAGGAUGUCGGAAGCAGCCUGAGGUAGCCUCGCUGGGGCACUCCGAUUUCGCAGCUGAAUGGCAGAGGAGCAUGGGGAUGAGUACUUGGAGGCGCUCUCUGCAUUCGUAGAGGAAUGUGCGGAGGGUCUCCUCGAUGGGAGUGUUGUGUUGAGGCUGAAACCCCUGGGCCUGCUCUACCUGGACUCCCGCUUUGGCGCCCUCUCAGAGCUGGAGGCAUUGAGGGCGGAUGCCCCUGUGGACUAUCUGCGGGCGGUGGUGGCGGAUCUGGGGGACUACCGCAAGCUAGAAAAACUGCGGGGCUUUCUGCGGAUGCUCGAGAAGGUCAAAGUCGCUGGCGCAAAUGCGCCGCUUCGUGAUUCUGUGCCCCUGCGCCUAUCCAUGCUGAGCGGACUGCGCCACCUAGAGCUUCACGGUUGCGAUCUGUCCACUGCAGCAGCGCAGGGACUGGUGGAGUUGAAGCCGCAGCUGGAGACACUGGUCUGCGUGGAUUCAACGGACUCAUUAGCAGACCUCCUAGCAGAGCGCGGUGCGCCCCUAAUCCUCCAAACCCCGUGGUCCCGGCUAACCCGGCUAGCCUGCCCGCGUAACCACCUCCGGUUAAUGGACCCCAGCCUGUGCUCGCUGCCAGUAGCGGACGAAAUCGACCUCAGCCGGAACAACCUAACCACAGUGGCUAACCUCCAUAUUUGCGUGCGGUUAACCAAGCUGGACCUGGGGUUCAACUCGAUCACGUCGCUAGUGGGGCUGAACAGGGUGGUAGGGGCGAUUACGCAGCUCAUCCUCCGGGGCAACGGCAUCCACUCACUCGCCGGUCUCGAGAAGCUGUACGCUAUCGAAGCCCUCGACUUGGCGCACAAUGUCAUCGGGUCGCUCUCCGAAGUCGCUCGGCUGGGGCAGUUACCGUCGUUGACCCGGCUGUGGUUAGAGGGGAACCCGAUCGAGCUGCGACGGAACUACCGAGCGGAGGUUCUGGGCCUGCUGCAAGACGGAGAGAAGGUGAAGCUGGACGGCCGGCACAGCUCCACCUUCGAGCGUUUCGCGAUCCGCACUCAGCAGAGGCGCAACGCUCGCGCGCCCCGCUUUCCGGAGCCUGUGUACCCGUCUGGAGCUUACGUGGCGGCCGUAGAGAGCGCCACGUCAGAGGGCAAGGAAGCGCAUCCACAUGUACAUAAGAUCAGACCCACCCGCAUCGCCGAGCCGGAGAUCGUGGAUGAAGCUCCUGACGAAGACUCGCGAACCCCUCCCAAGACCGCGUGUAUAAUGGAGCACCCGGAAGAAGACCCCGAGCGCAUGUUUAGCGUCCGGGCGUUGAAGCACAGCCCUCCGACACGUGUCAGAAGCCCAUUGGCCGAAGAGGCGUCCCCCCCAGAAGCGACCACUUCUUCAGCGGAAGAAGAGCUCGCAGGCGACCCGCGCUUUGUCGAGAGUGUGAAUAGGCCCCCGUUGCUGUUUAAAAGCCCAGGUUCCGGAAUCGUGGAGGGUUUUCACACCCCGGUUUGGACCGCGGAAGAGGGGCCGAGCGGUGGGAGUACUCCGCGGAGUGUGAAUAGGCUGCCGUCGCCUGUGGCGGAUGCGACGCCGGGCAGAGAAGGUGCGGAAGAAUUUCACAUCGCGAUGUCAGUCUCAGAAGAUGAGUCCAGCAGCAGUACUACGGUGGCGAGUGUGAAUACGCCCCCCUCGUCUGGGGCGGAGUACGAGGCCCCUAGUCCGAACGAGGGUGAGGGUAUUCACACACCAAGCGUUUUAGGGGCAGAGCAGUUGAACUGGAAGACUGCAAACGGGAACGUAAAUGAGGUCCAGAUCGGGGCGGCUUCCAUCUCUGAGGGCACACAUAAGCGGGAUCCCUUCGGGUUGGGUGUAGACGGAACGGGGCCAAAGUUGGGCUCGUCAGAGAAUCAUGAGGAGCGCUUAACGACUGCGGCGGGAAGGGCAAAGGAUUUGCACGGAGACCCGAGAUCCGGUCUGAUUCAGAAAGGAGGGUACGAAAGAGGGGGGCUUGACAGAACCGGUCAGAAGCGUGGUGCGGAAAGAUCGGCUCUUCGGCUGGAAGAGCCUUCGCACGCCGGGACGGCAGUCAUAAACGAAAAGAUUCCGGUCAAGCAGGAGGAGAGGGGUCGGAAGGAUUGGGUAUCCGGUGGCAGGGAAAGCGAACCCCCCCUGCGAACGAAAAAGAGGCCGGGGAUAGGGAACGGAAGCAGUGGAACGGAAGAGUGGUGUCGGUCGGGGUCGGAAUUGCCCGGUGUUUGUCAAAGAGGAGGCCUUCGCCAUCUAAUCGUAAGAACCGCAGUGGAAACGGACACGGAAGAGAGUCAGAAGUGUUUGGAGACGCCUACGCCCUCAGAGGAAGAGAUCGACGUCGUAGAAAGAAACGCGCUCAAGGCAAAGAAUGAAGGGGCAGCGGAAGGAGGGAGUUUAGGAAGCUUAGAUUGUGCAGGUGACCGGGAUCCGGCACUAGCAUCAGGAUUACUACUUACAGAAUCUGCGGUUAAGGAGCAGCCAAAAUCGCUCGAGUCGCCCGACACGGAGAGCCUUCUAUCAGCUAGUGGUUCAGGUUCGGAUCUACUAAUAGGAACCCGCACUCAGGAAGCUUCUGAUGGCGAUUUGAAGUCAAUCGAAAAUAGUAUCAUAUCGUCAAAGCCCAGCAAACAGGCAAAAAGGAGGAGCAAAGCACGCGUCGUAAAUCUUGACGCCUAGAUUAGAGACCGUACAGGACUGGAACGCGGCCCUAACAAGCAGAUUAUCAUAUGCAUCACUGAGUCAACUUUGCGCCACAUCGAGUGGCCCGGCCCACACAAACCAUG